AUGGAGAAGCUGUCUCUUGAGUUUCUUAAUUACGAUUUAUUCUUUUACUUGCACAGCAGGCUACUCUUGGUCGACUCGGAAACUACUGAUAUCUUGUAUUGGACAUCCUUAAGGAACUUGUCCUUGAGUUCUUGCAAACUCUCUGAUACAUCAUUAGCUCAGAUUCUUUCUUGCUCACCACUGCUCGAGAGCUUGCCAUUGCAUCACUGUCAUAAACUUAAGCUUCUUGAUCUGACAAAGCCGCUGCGGCUAAAGAGAUUGGAUAUAGAUAAUCCGGGACUAAAGCAGAUUGUGGCACCACAUAUCCAUUUCUUGAGAUUGAAGCACUCUAAGAUACAAUGUGGUUUAGUGGAUGUCUCUUCUUUAACCGAAGCUUACUUUAACAUCUACCGUUCCAGUGAUUUUCUUUUCUAUAACUGUACCGGAACUAAUUUGAUUGAAGAGAUGGUGCCAAAGAUUAUAGAAAAGUUUCAUAAUGUAAAGAAGCUUACGUUUGGUGCUCUCAUUCUUGAGAUCUUAUCUCUUGCUAACGUCAUUGAUGUUCCUUUCCCGGCGAUGAAAGUCGAAGUUUUGACUCUUGAAACAAUGAUUGUUCCGUCUGUCAUUCCUGGAUAG